AUGGGGGUUCUGUACUCUCUGGGGCUCUUUGUGGUCCUGCUGCACCUGUCCACCUCUCACCUCCUGGGAGCCUUCAACAUCAAGUCGUUUGGGGACCAGAAGUCAUCCAACACAACUCUGAUGGACAUCAUCAGCACGAUUGUCCACCGCUAUGACAUCAUUCUAAUCCAGGAAGUCCGAGACAACGAUCUGUCAGCAACCAAAAAACUCAUGGAUCAUAUCAACAAAGGUUCCUCUCAGUUCAGUUAUGUUGUCAGUGAGCCUCUGGGUCGCAGAACCUACAAGGAAAGAUACCUCUUUGUCUACAGGAAGGAGAGAGUAUCUGUGGUGAAGAGUUACACUUAUGAUGACGGCUGUGAGCCCUGUGGGACAGACACCUUCAACAGAGAGCCGUUUGUCGUCAUGUUCUCCUCCAAAUAUUCUGCUGUGAGGAACUUCACCCUGAUCCCUCAGCACACCUCUCCAGACUACGCUGUGUGGGAGAUGGAUGCUCUGCAUGAUGUGGUGGCUGAUGUUCGUAACCGCUGGAACACCAAUGACGUUGUGCUGCUGGGAGACUUCAACGCAGGAUGCACCUAUGUGAUGGGCUCGGAGUGGGAACAGAUCCGACUCUUCACUGACAAGAGCUUCCACUGGCUGAUCCCAGAUGAUGCUGACAGCACAGUGUCUCACACUUCCUGCCCCUACGACAGGAUCGUCGUCACAACUGACAUGAUGAAAGGAGUGGUGCAAGGCAGCGCAGAAGUUUAUGACUUCAUGGCGGACCUUAACCUCAGCCUUAGUUUGGCGUUGGCUGUUAGUGACCAUUUCCCUGUGGAGGUGAAGCUGGUGGGUUCUGCUCCUGCUGCCUAA